GUACAACUUGUUUGAUCGCCCUGUUGUCAGAUAAAGAACUCACGGUGGCCAACGUUGGUGAUUCGCGAGGAGUCUUGUGUGACAAGGAUGGGAACGCUAUCCCCUUGUCACACGAUCACAAGCCCUACCAACUGAAAGAGAGGAAGAGGAUUAAAAGAGCUGGUGGUUUUAUCAGCUUUAAUGGCUCCUGGCGCGUUCAGGGGAUCCUGGCCAUGUCCCGCUCGUUAGGAGAUUACCCUCUGAAGAACCUGAACGUUGUCAUUCCCGACCCUGAUAUUCUUACCUUUGACCUGGACAAACUGCAGCCAGAGUUCAUGAUCUUGGCGUCGGAUGGUCUGUGGGAUGCUUUCAGCAAUGAGGAAGCUGUCCGAUUCAUCAAGGAACGCUUGGAUGAACCACACUUCGGUGCAAAGAGCAUAGUUCUACAGUCCUUUUACAGAGGAUGUCCUGAUAACAUAACAGUGAUGGUGGUGAAGUUCAGGAAUAGCAGCAAACCAGAAGAACAGUAA